UCAACUCACCCACAUCUAGUCUAUCCAGACACCCUCGGACACGGCCCUGCCAGACCGUGUUACAGAAACCUUCGCUUAUUGUUAGAGCUUGACUGAAUAGUUAUUAUUAUGGCUCGCUCUAAAAAGAGCACAUCGAAGGGGAAAGCAAAUGAAAAGAAUGAGAAUCAACAUAUAUCAUCACAAGAUUCUUGCAUGCUUCUGCAGCUUCCGGGCGAGAUACGUAAUCUGAUCUAUUCGCACCUCUUUACCUCGACAAGACUCACCUUUGGCAAACGGAGCAUAAGCCGCAUUUCAACAAAAAGAAUAAAACCUACACCUAACUCUCUGGCAGUGCUUCGUACCUGCAGCUUGAUCAAACAGGAAGCUGGGGCUCUUUGGCUUGGUCAAGUCUUGUUCAACUUUGAAUGUGUAGAAGAUAUGCUUGACAAGCUCUCGGUACUGCCUUCGACCACACUUUCUCAGAUUCGUCAUAUCCGCGUCAGUGGACGUCCCCUGAUGCUUACGCCGAUAGGUGACGAUGACGAUAUACACUACAGGCUUGUAUGGGCCCUCAAGUUACUUCCGGGGUUGUGUCUGGAUACGCUCAGCGUUCUCGGCCUGUCUAGAGGCGAAAUUGCCUACGAUACCCUUGAAGGGUUAGUUAAGUACGGUAAUGGAUGGAAGGAGCUCCACUUCAUCACACCUAACUCCAGUAUGCUCGGCUUCAAAAAGCUGGAUAUGUUCAUGGCAGACCCAUACUGGCGGAAACCUCAACCGAGCACUUGGAAUGACAUUCUGAUCCAGCGGGACGGUGUGGACUCCGGGGCUUCCAUCACUAUUUACCGAUCUACUCGAUUCGAUACACCAGGCACAGUGGUCAAACCUGCAACACGUCAGCUCUUUGAGCAGAAACCACCAUCCCCAGAAGACUUAGAAACGUUCGGAGUGGAAGAAGAGAGGCAGUUGCUAGGCAUAAAUGAAAGAGGGAAGGAAUUACUAGUGGUUGUAAAACGUGGUCAUCAUGCUCACACCUCAGAACAAGAUAGCCCCCCGUAUCCAUUGGAACAAGACAUCCGGCAAUGGGCGAAUGGCUUGACUUGGGCAGAAAUUCGACGCCAAUGUAUUGACUUCUCACAAGAGAGUGAUGAUGAUCCCGACUUUAUAGAGGAAGAUGAGGACGUCCAGGUCGAUAGGUAUAAUGAUGUUGACGAGUAUGCAUGGAAUCCUGUUAACUAGAUGAGGAUGUCUUAUACUGUUGUAGCAUUUCUGACGAGUCUACUACUCUCUUAGAAACAAAACCAAUGUAUACACGAUUGAACUUUGGUAUUAUUAUCUGGGUGAAGUGGUG